AUGAAUUCCUGGUACCAACCUGCAACUUCCCCUGCUCCAUCAUCUACCCCUACUAAGGCUCAAAGAUCUUCUCGCCCUGUUUUCGCAAGUGAUCUGGUUGCACAACGGCCUAAAAACGGUGGUACCAAACAUAUGCCCCCUCACCCUCUUGUAUCUCCCUUGUCAUCGCCUACAAUAGCCACUUCUACCGCCACUUUACUUUCUUCAUCCAACUCCACAUCCUUAUCAACUGCUGGGAUCCAUUCAAAGCUGGCUUCUGGUAGCGUCAAUACACAUAGCAACAAUUCAUCAAGCAGCCAUUACACAAUGCCGGACUUCUCCGCCAAACUUGGUGACCUCCCAACGAUCCAUCUGCCAGAGUUCCAUCUACCAGAUUUGCAACGGUUAAAGCAGCAACUAAACAAGCAUACUCCUUCAUUUUCUCUAAAGUCAUUACGACAUACCUUCCAUGUUCCAUCCUAUACCUCCUACAUGUCCCCGUCCUCAGCUUCAAUCUCAUCCUCAUCCUCAUCCUCAUCCUCAUCCUCAUCCUCAUCCUCAUUUUCGUCGUUAUCUGCUUCACCCCAGUCAUCUCCAGCAUGUAAUGUUACUGCUGAUCCUGCAAAGCCGAAACCUUCAUUCACGUCAAGGCUAUCGCGAUCCUCGAUUUUGCGCAACAGUCGUCUAAACGAAAAUAGCAGUAACCGAAAGCCAUCCAAAUCAUCAAUCGCAAGCCCGCAAUUGACAAAUUCUCAUGACAGUACGACCAUUAAAAGCAGUGAUCGUGAUGAUUCAACAGCCAAAGCAAUUUCGUCACAUUCAACUUCAUCCCCGAUUUCCAUCCCUACACACCCAUCGAACUUUCUUAUCAAAAAACAGAUAACUGCCUCCAAUACAUUAGAACCACAUCAAACAUCUACUGUCAAUGUCAGUAGUGAUAGUGUAUCAACUGGAAAGGCUCGCUGUGUUACUAAUACGACGGCUCCAACUCCGGCAAAGUCACCAAUGGGUCAUCUCUUCAUCCAAGUUAUCGAAGCUCGUAAUUUGACACUAGUCAAUCCUCCAGCACUGUCGCGGCCUUACUGUAUUGUAGAGUAUGAUCAAAAUGAAUUCAUGACGCCACCAGCACUACAGGAGACAACCACAGAUACAAUAGGUCGUGGAAGAGGUGGUAUGGACAUUUUCGCUCGAGCUAUGGCAGCCAGCAGCCCGAAAUGGCGCUACGAUGCAGAAUUUGAUGUGGUCAGACCCAACCAACAAAUCGUGAUAACGAUUUUUGAUUCAGAAACUGCGGAGGAGCAAUAUGAUUCGCUCUCGAACCCAGCAAAAAGGUUUUUGGGUCAAGUCAAACUUCAUCCUUCCGAAGUUCACAACCGGAUGAUUGACUCGUGGUUUCGCUUGCAAGGCAGAGAGACCAAGGAUGAGAAUGUUACUGGUGAGAUCAGGGUCGUCAUCCGAUACCAGGCAAUUGAGUCACGCCAUUUAUCCGCCUCUGACUUUGAUAUCCUUCGAGUGCUCGGCGUUGGUUCCUUUGGAAAGGUUUAUCAAGUCCGCAAGAAGGACACUGGCCGUAUCUAUGCCAUGAAGGUCCUUGUCAAGAAACAGGUCAUUGAACAAAAACAAGUCGAACACACCAUUGCAGAACGCAAUGUCCUGAUCCAGUCCUUACAAUCACCUUUCAUCGUCGGUCUCAAGUUCUCGUUCCAGACUCCCACAAAACUUUAUUUGGUUCAGGAUUUUAUGAAUGGGGGCGAACUGUUCUUUCAUAUGCAGAAUGAAGGAACAUUCUCAGAACCCAGGGCGAGAUUUUAUACUGCAGAGCUGGUAUUGGCCUUGGAGCAUCUGCAUUCGCAUAAUGUUGUCUAUAGGGAUCUCAAGCCCGAGAACGUCCUCCUCUCGAGUCAGGGACAUAUUGUCCUAGUAGAUUUUGGGCUCUGUAAACAGAACGUGACCGAGGAUGAGCGCACACAUACAUUCUGUGGUACGACCGAAUACCUUGCUCCCGAGAUUAUUAAAGGAGAAGGAUAUGGAAAAGCGGUCGAUUGGUGGUCUUUGGGCGUGUUGUUGUACGAGAUGUUGAUGGGCACAUCCCCUUUUGCUGACAGCAGAGCUGAAGGAACUCAUCACAAGAUUUUACAUCAGCCCGUAAUCUUCCCGACCCGAUUGGGGUUGGGUAUCUCUAAAAACGGACCGCCCAAAGGAGAGCUUCAUCCUUCUUCACAGGAUGUUUUGUCUAUUGGGAUCAGUGAGAAUGCUCAAGACUUGAUCCAGAGAUUGCUGGAUAAGGAUCCCAAGACUCGACUUGGCUCUGGAACCAGCAAUGACAACGACGAAGGCACUGUCAGUGGGGUAGCAGCAAUCAAGGCCCAUCCAUUUUUCCAAGGGAUUGAUUUUGUCCGUCUUCAGACACGAGAUGUUACACCACCUUUCCAGCCUCAUGUGGGAAUCACAGGUGAUCUGGAUGUCUCCAACUUUGACACGCAUUUCACAGACCAGACAGCGACGUUGAGCAUGAAGAGUAGUAGCACUAGCCCAAAAGUUAUGUCACCGACUUCUCCUUUACAAUUUCAAAUGGCAGAAUCACCUUCAAAUUCGUCCGUGUUGGUGGAUGGUACUGUCGGUAGCUUCAUGUUACAACAACAACAAAGAGCAGCUAACCAGUACCGACAACAACAGAAGAGAGCUGAUAACAGUACAUUAAACCCGAGUGUGAUGCGUCGUGGUCGACGAAGCAGUAACAGCUGGAGCAGUUAUCGGACCUUGAGCAACGAUUCGCUGUUUUCUCUAAAUGACCAAUCAGGCAGCAUCAGUAAUUCAAUGCAAGCACGAUCACCAUUCCAUCGGCCUAUGACAGCUCACAGGUCUAGGGUGCUUCAACAGCCACAGUCACAGUCACAACAGGAAUACUUUAAAGGCUUUACGUUUGAAGGAGAGAGUAUCUUGGAAACGAUGAAGCGUCAGGAAGAAGAAGCGAUGCUUAAUCACGGUCAUAUCAAUCUGACUAAUACGAGUACAAUGACAUUGUCCCCUCCCAUGUCUGGUUUUGGUCAUCGUCAUCAGCCGAAUCAGCUUUUUUCAGGCGAACCUGGUAGUAUUGAUUCAAUUUUUGGUAGCAUGUAGC